AUAGAGUAGAGCCGUACCAGGCACAUUGCCAAUUUUUAAUGAAUGUGCUGGUAUCUUUCCGUUUUCAUGAAAAAGUUCCCCUUUUAUAACUGUUCAUCAAUUUAGAUUUCAAUAACCGAUGCUCAACACAAAAAGGUGCCUGGUUUCUUACAAAUGUGGAGAGUCAGAUUCGCAGUCUUUGCCAUUUUUACAGUAUUUUUCUCAAUCUUUUUGUGUCUCAACGCGGAGGAAGAGUGCAUGAAGAGCACGUAUUGGUGUUAUGAGUGCGACACCUGGACAGAUGCGAGGUGUAAGGAUCCAUUCAAUUCGAGCGCUCAUCCAAAUGACCUGCCACCCCUCACACAGUGUGAAGGUUGCUGUGUCAAGAUCGUCAUGUAUGCCGGCACCUCAAAGGAAGUGAUCCGGCGCACCUGUACAAAGAGACUGCAAAUAAACCUUUUCAUGGUGGACCACGUGUGCAUGUACGAGGGAGGGAACACCGGGCAUAUGUGUUUCUGCGAGAGAGACAACUGCAACGCGGCACUGGGUAACUCCGGGAGCCACUGGACUUACCUAGCGUCUGCUUUUUUGGCAUUAUUGUUCCUUUAGGUUCUCCAGACGUUUAAGAUUCUCCGAGGCCAGUGAUCCUCCCUCAAGUUUCGUCCCAAGAAAGAGCUUUCCCCAGAAGACCUUUGAUCUUCCGAGACCGAGGUUAUGACUGUUGUUUUGUGUUGUCUACAACAUUUCGAGCCAUUCACUCGACUCUCUUGUAAAGAAAGAAUGAGCAUACAAACGAUGCGGGGCAUGCAUUGUCUUGAAAUGCCUUAAUCAAGCUAAUGAGAGGACAUCUGAGGAUUUUUUAGCGAAAAAUUGAAAAUCCUCACAUUAACUGUCAUGUUUAACUAGUCAGUUAGUGUUCAUUGAAGUGGGACCUUGCAAUCGUAAAACUAAUGUGGAAAGGAACCAUACUAUGCAUUAGCAUGGAUUUUCAUCUCAUGAUUCAUACGAGCAAAAUUCAUUUUAAUUGAACAUAUCAUUUAAAUUCAUUAUCUUCCAAAUGGCAUGAUGUCCAAUAAUUAAUUUCUAUAGCUAAUUGGUUGGUACUCCACACGAGUUUUAUGUUUUAGAACAUCUCUCUAAUUUUUUUUUUACUUCAGUUGUCUAACUUAGUAGUAGGACAUUAUUGUGAAUCAACAUAAGGAUUUUUUUUGUAAUAGAACGUGAGUGUAGAAAUAAUGCGUUCAAGAAUUCACAGGUACUAAGGAAAAGUGUCAAAAACGUACGAAAGUGAGCCUAAAAGAAAUUAUCAUAACUGUUUUAUGAUGUUAUUUUGACAGAAAGCUGCAUAAGCACGAUAUCAUUAAAACGGAUACCAGCUUCACAAUAUUCUCCUAGAUAUCAUUUUUAGCAGUGUUAAAUAGUAUGGUGCGGAGAUCUUUUUUAGAAUUAAUAAGGGUAUCGAAUAUGGCGUUUCUAGAUGUCUUCACACACUGACAUAUACAAAAAAUGAACAUGAUAAAUCUGCUGAUUAUAUUGGCGAAAGAAUAAAAUCUGUACUUGAUCAGCAGUUUGCAAAUGCGUUAUUCAGAAAACUGGUCACACACGUUCUACGACAAAAUAAAAGAGGUUUAUUUUGAUUUUGCCAAGUAUUUACAAAUAUUUCCAGAGCUCUCCUUAUUUCACUUUCAUAUUUGAAAAAAUAUUAGAAAUUAGAGGAAUGAUUUAAAGAUAUUUUAUAUAUUUACUUAUUCUUAGUAUAUUUAUUUCAUCACCAGUAAAAACGUGAAUAUGCCUAAAGUCAAUUGUGACAUAUUGCUCGAAAUGUUGUUGACUAUAUUUCAUUGUUCAUUCAUUCUUGUAAAUUUAACUAUUUCUUUUUCUGUAAAAUAUUUAUUUGUUACCAGUUUAUGUGUCAGGUUUCGCUGUAUGCCCUUCGGAUCUAUUAAGUGUGCACAGUAUUUUGCUCUCGUUUAUGUGGAUAGUGUAACAGAAAAUAUUUUUAUUUCCAGAACGAAUGCCUUACAACUUCUGUGUCUUAUAAGUGCAAUUCUGUUGAAUAUUUCACAAAUUUUAAUGCUAAACUGAGGUUUGCUAAAUGUGAUUCAAUCUGAAAGUAAAAGUGUUGUUUCCAUCAAGUACAAACAUAGGUUUCAUGGAAUGAUAACAGGCUGUAAUUUUUUUUAUUGUUUUCUGAUAAUUCUUGAAGUAUAUUGGGCAAGAAAAUGUAUCGUAAAGUGUAUGUCAGAUAUGAGCAUGGUGCUAGCAAUUAGAUAAAUGGUUUACAUUACAUUAUGCGACAUUUUGUAUUGAAAUUAAUAUUGGAACGCACAAUUAUGACUGUACUUAAGCGCGUUAUUUAAAUACAACUUGGAAAAAAAUUCAAACAAAAACCCAAUUGCAAGGGGUUAAAAUCAACACAUUAACUGAUGACACAGUAUUAAUUUAAGGCUUAAUAAUCAAAUUAGUACUAAUUAAUGCUUAAUAAAUAAAUCUGACACAAAAUUUAAACAGUUCUUUUAAAAAAAUAUAGUCAACCAUCAUACACGCUGAGCUAAAAGAGUUUAUUAAUAGCAAAAUGAAAUAUAGACGAUACACGACAAGGCAUAUAUUAUUUAAACCUAAAUAUAUUGACAAUUCAUUAAUACAUCGAAGCAUUUCAAAUUAUAAAACGUUUCAGCAUGAGUUCAUCCCUGAUUUUAGUAAUGUCGUGUUAAAUCAAUUCUUAAUUAAAUCAUAAUAAUUAAGAAAUGCUGUUUAAUAUACUGAUAUUAACUUAUUGCAUGAAAGUUGUUUAUUU